AUGGAUCAAAUAAUGAAAGAAUCUAGAGCCGGCAGUUUAGCAGCUGCGACUUUCGUGACUGGCCAAGCAAAUGAUCACAGUGCUGGCAAAGAUCUUGCUUCUCCGUCGUCAACUCGCAUCUCUGUGAGAAGAUUAGCCUGCGAUGCCUGCCGAGACAGAAAGGUCCGUUGUGAUAAACAAGACCCAACCUGUGGUAGAUGUGAGAAGAUGGGUAAUAGGUGCCAUUAUUCAACCCGCUCCCCAUUAGUGCCCUCAAAAAUGGACUUGUCGCAGUUCAUGAUGACCCUAAAUAAUAGACUCAAGCAAGCCGAGGCCCAGCUAGCUCUUAGUACACUCGUACAAAGUCCCCAUCCAUUCACCCCGCCGUCAGGCGAUAUGAAUACAGACUUACCAACACCACGGACCAUACCCGCGAUAAAUCAAGCAACUAACUCAUUGCACCCUUCGUCUCAAGACUUACAUACUUUGAAUGUAAUGUCUGAGGAUUACAUGAUCAAGCAGACCGCUUCUGAUUGGCCUAGUCAAGUUAUCGGUGACCUUUACGACUUUCCAAUUGAUGCUUUGGCAUCUCCGAUAUCUAAUGAUUUUCCCAUGGGGCUUCAAAUUCCAGAUGGGAAUAAUAAUCCUUAUUUUGAGCCUAUUUCUUUGGAUCUGUCAGGGUCAUCUCCAGGCCAGUUGGUUCCAGCAUUUUCAACAAAUGUAUUACCGAGACUUUACAAUCGUUAUUUCGAUAUAUUCCAUCCCGUCAUGCCAUUCAUCAACAGAUUGCGCUUCCAGAUAGAGAUAUCGCAAUCCUCACCCUCCGUUGAGGUUCAAGCUUUGUCAUAUGCCAUGGCCGCGCUAAGUGCAUUUGGAAUGCCUGAAUUUCAAUCCCACGUCGAAAGUUCUUACAACCAGGCUCGCAAUCUCCUCGAUGUAUGCGAAAGGCAGGAGAGUGGCGAUUCUUUAACAAGUAUCAACACCUUGCAAGCUUGUACAUUGCUGACCCUUUACGAACUCAAACGGCCUAACUUCGCUAGGUCUUUCAUGACUCUUGGGCGCGCUAUUAGAUUAGCCAAGAUAACUGCUUUGGACGGGGAGGGCGAAGCUGGUGUUAGAACCACUACGCAAUGGGGGUUAAGUAUGGACCUCCCCCUUCCCGCCACUUCUGUCGAAAGGGAAGAGAGACGCCGUACAUUCUGGAUGAUCUACAUCCUUGAUGCAUUCUCAAGCAUCACAACCAACUCCCGUCUAACAUUUCAUCAACAUAUAUCCAUACCUCUCCCCAGUCCUGGCGAUUUCAAUGAUGCCACCAUAGCUGGCCACGAUAUGCCAUCACUAGAGCGGAUUUUUGAGCUAUCGAAAGCUGUGGAUUUAUCAUCGUUCGCCGCUACUACCAUUAUGAUUUCAUUAUACUACCGCUGUUUCGAUCACAUCAAAUCUUCGAUUCAUGAAUCAUCUCACGCUUUCUGGGAAACGCAUUACGAAAUCGAUAAGGCAAUGCUGUACUGCCGCACCAAAAUACUAGAUCGGCACCUUGAAAGAACUGACGAUCCCUUGUCUUUGGCGUUACGAAUGAACUUGAAUUCGAUCGAGAUAAACUUACAUGAUACAGUUCUUGCUAAAGUUGAGAAGGACGAACUCCCAUCCAGUCUUGCCACCGAGGCGACAUCCAAAUGCGCCUCUGCGGCAACGGAAAUCGUCGAGGCCCUUGACUCUGCUCGAAACCUUACAGGUAACAAACUUGAUAGUUUCAGACAGUUAAACCGAUUUCUUGCAUGGCCCAUUACCACAGCCAUCCACGUUUUCUUUCGCACUUUAUAUCUUGGGGGGGAGGAUGCUGCGGACUCCAUUCAGUCGAUUCGCUUUCUCUCUAGUUCGAUGAAAGAUUUAAUCGAACCUGAACAUAUUCCGCUGGGGCUUCUAGAAAAAGCAGAGUGUCAAGUAUCCGACUCGGAGGGAAGGGCCAAGAAAAGGCGAGCACUCGACAGUAACCACAACUCUACAAGGGAUUGUCGUCCUCGCGACUGA